GCGAUUUUUAAAACUGAGGUGAACGCUCUCGCGGGCGUUCUGAGGGAAAGCGCGAGCCGUUUUAACCGUUAAAGCAGACUCUCUCUCUCUCUCCCUCUCUCUCGCUGUUUCUCGCUGUCUCUCUCUCACCAUGGACGUUCUGGCGAACUACAGUAUUUUCCAGGAGCUCCAGCUGGUCCACGACACCGGCUACUUCUCCGCAAUGCCGUCUCUGGAGGAGAACUGGCAGCAGACAUGCCUGGAGCUUGAGCGGUACCUCCAGACGGAACCUAAGCGGCUGUCGGACCUUUUCGAAGACGAACUGGACUGCCUGCUCUCGCCGGGCUUCACAAAAGCGGAGGAGGAGGACACGAUGGACCCACUGCUGUCCAACCUCAGCAACCCUCCAAGCCCCCCUCCACCCCUUCUCAGCCCCCCUCGAGAGCCCCUUACAUCGCCAUCGGCCCCUUUGCCUAACCCAGACCUCGCUACCACAGUCAAUGCUGCCCAACUGAAUGCAGUCACCUCUCUGACCCCACCCUCCUCACCAGAACUGGGCCGGCAUUUGGUCAAGGCUGCUCACACUCUCUGUGCUUCGCCUGAUGGGACCCUAACGCUCAAGCUGGUGGCCAGGAAGGUAGCAUCUGCCCGGCCCACCUCGCCUGAGCAUGGGGGCGGCCACAGUGAUGGGGAGCAGGUGGGCUCAGCAGGGGGUGGAGACUUAGCAGAGAACAAGAAGAGGGUCCACCGCUGUCAAUUCAAUGGCUGCCGGAAAGUUUACACGAAGAGCUCUCACCUGAAGGCACACCAAAGAACACACACAGGUGAGAAGCCCUACAAGUGCUCGUGGGAAGGCUGCGAAUGGCGGUUCGCUCGGAGCGACGAGUUGACGAGACACUAUCGCAAACACACUGGCGCCAAGCCCUUCAAGUGCGCCCACUGCGACAGGUGCUUCUCGCGGUCGGACCACUUGGCACUGCACAUGAAAAGGCAUAUUUAAAGAGGAGGAGCUGGCUCGAAAGCAAGGGAGAGGAAGAGAAAGUGGGAAUUUGGAGAGAGAGAGAGAGAGAGUGCAUAGGGGAAAAGGCAAACAGCACACAGGUCUGUCUGCCUGUCACUCCAGCAGAAGACCUUGAAGGAUACAUACAGAAGGCAUGAUUGAAUAUGCUGGAUAUACCCAAACGCUCGCAGCAGGAGCACGGGCUGGAAUGGUUAGGCCAGAUGACUUGGACCAUCCUGUGUGAGUCACACUGAUUUGCCUGGACCUUGUGGUCCAAGUUUGGAGAAUUGACACAACCUUGACUAGCCCAAUAAGAGCCAAUUACACGGUGGAACAGGAACAUACACCACUUCAGCCAUGCAGAGCUGCUGUAAUGAAAUCCAGUUCCCUUCAGUUCAGACUCAACACCAAAUUUUCUAGCAGCAUUAACUACAAAACCUUGUAUGCACUUUGUCAUGAAUCAACAUGGCUACAGCCUACAUCUGACACCAAUGCAUAACAUGGGAACGUAUCAUAUCUAUUGUAUAUCGCAGUUAACACAAAUGGGAACUUUGAACAAUGAUUCUGAAAUGCAUUGUUCUGAAGGAUGGUUCCAUUCGUUGACUUACAGUACUAUUUUGGUUCUCUGUUUUUGAGCCAACCGUAUCUUGUUUGCUUCCUCAAGCCAUUGUUGGGAUCGAAAGUGUGAAUUUAAAAAGCAAAAGGUGACCAGAUGGGAUCUCCUGUAUCAUUAUGUUGUGCACAAUGAACUGAUUGGAGGCAGUGGAACAAAAGACAUCUCCCCUUCUACACAUAUGGACAACUCUCCCUCUCUCAAAUGUCCCUCCCCGCCAACCAACAGCUGCGCAGCGACACUUUUGGACCUUUCCUACAAAUGAAAAAUUAAAAAAAAUAUAUACUAGGCGUUCUUUGCUUUCGUCCUGUUGAUGUGCACAAUGAAAGAACAGUUGCUAUUUGCACAAGUGUAAUGAAGAGUUAAGGAUUCUGCACACAGACAGCAUCUGAAAUCGGCUUAAUUCUUGGAAUGAAAGCCUACUUUAAUACUUGUCAAGGAUAAAAAAAAAAAGCAAAUUUGUUCUUGCACACAUCUUGAGCGUCCCCCGGCGCUAUUUACGCUCCCCAGCAUUUUUUUCCCCCCACACAGCUUGAUAUGUUUCUUCAGGCUGUCCAGGACUAGCAUGCAGUGAUGAAAAAAAAGCAGCAUUGUUUGUCAGUGAGCUUUGAAACGUCUUUUUAGUUGUGCAUAGUGUACAUCAAAACAACACUGCUAGAAAAAGUGAGAACGGCUGUGUUUUGUAAAUAUCGCAAGAUCAUUUUCUGAUAUCCUCGUGAAUUCCACUGGGUUUUUUUUAUUGACGUUGAAUGAUUAUCGUCUGGGCUUUGUGUGACAUUUAUGAUGAAUGUAAGAGAGAUACGAGCGUUUGCGAAGGCUUCCGUGAACAGUGUGUUGGCAGGUCACCUUAAAUGUUUUAGGUUGUCAUGAGCCGUCACUUAGGUCAGAAUAGCUGGUCACCGUUCAUGUUUUGUGUAUGGCAUAUCUAACAUUUCAAGCUUUGAGGCCAUAAUCACAGGUUCUUUUUUAGUUUCUUAAACCCAUUUCAUGUAGUGUGUGAUUUGACAGUGUUGGAAAAUGCAUAGAAAUACAAAUAACAAUCAAGAGAUGACACCUGAGAGGGUUUCAGCACUUUUAAGGAAGUGUGGCUUGGGCCAGUGCCAUAAACUCUGCGUGGGUUCUGCAUUCUCAAUGAUAGAGCAUCAACAAAAGAAGGAACUACUCUGGUCCUCAAACAUAGUCCAUCAUUUAGUAUGUAAGUGCAUAGAUUAACCCAUAGAAGCCAAGUUAUUACUUUCAUUUUGCUGUUGUUUUACUAUUCAGAUGUUAGCAAAGCAGUAAAUUUACACAAUAAAUUACAUUUACAUUACAUUCUAUAUUGACAUUUUGCUCCACAGAUGUGAUGAUAACAAUAACAUUUUAUCAAAAAAUACAAACACAAUCACAAAAACACAAAUGUUCAAAAAUUCCAACUUCUCUGCUUAUUUCCAUAAGCCAUGAGUGAAAAAUAAUGAAUAUAAAAUUACAUCAUACCUUUGCUACCAGUGGGCAUAACAUUGACUUUAAGGAUUAAAACUAAAACUAUUAAUAUUAUUGUUUAGUAAAUGAUUACUAUCCUAGAGGCAAUGGAUUGACAUAGAAUUCAGAAGCAAACUAACAAUAACAAAAAAUCAACACGGACCCUCAUGCCAACUUCCUAAACAAAGAAGGCACCACACCAGUGUGUGAUAUUUAGGCCCAAUCUCCUGCUGUCUGGUCAUCUGUCAGCAUCAUGUACCAUGCCCUUUUCACUCGCUUGCCUGACGUGAACUAAUGCGGGAGCCAUCUGACAGCAGGACCGUACUGGUAACAAGACAGGAAUUGGGCUCUCCUGGCAGUGAGCCGCCCUGGUCAGUCCUUCAAUGAGGUGGAACUAAGCACUCCAGGGGGCGGAGGUGGUGGGGAGUGGCACGUUGAACUUAUGCUGACUGGGAAGGUCUUAUCGCUACUGCGCGACACAGUCAAUUUCACCCAUGUAGCUGGGUGUCAGCUUACCCACAACCCUCCCCACUCACAACCGUCUCCCAGGCCAAGUUAGCUUCGAUAAAAAAUGACAAAGACUCAAUGUCAUCCCAGUCCCCUACUUUAAAGAAACUACUGAAGACUACAACACAUUCAGCUCCUCUGAGAUAUUAUGGAGUGCAACUACAAACAUGAGGACUUUAAUGGAUUGUAAUCAGUAUUUCAGAUUGCCGUCAACACAUUAACAUUAACAGGGACAUACAGUUCUAAAUUACAAGCUUAUGUUACAUGGGUGUCAAUAGAAGGUCGUACACAUGUAGUGCACAUGUAAGGUUUCAAGGUUUAUGUAAGCUUAGUUUCUUUUAUCAUGUACUGUAGAGCUUUGAAUUGGCCAAAGCUUCGAUAGAAAACACACCAGGCAGCAGAAAAGCCUAGAAACAUCUUACUAACUUAUAGUGCAAGAUUUCAGGGACGUUUUGAAGCAGCUCUAAACAUAACAGACCUCCACCCAUUGUUCACCAUCCACAUGGUCGGUGUGUAUUCACCACACUCCAUAUCCUCUUCUGUAGGACCAGUUUCAAACUGGACACGUGUCCAUAAAUGCUUGUCUAUUAUGUCUUGUGCUACAUAUGGGGCAUCAUCCUAUCUCACUCAUCGUUUUACAUUCACACACAAGCGCUUCAAGAAAAACUAUGGGUCUUGGUGUCAUUUUUGCAUAGAUCCUUGUAUGUAUAGAUGCACUCACUACACCACCAACACCUCUUGCUUCAGUUUCCAGAGCUUGGAAUGUUCUUGGACCUGAACUCUGAUUCAUAUCCACACUGCAUCAACUUGGGAUAAACACAAACAACUCUGGUUGGUUUCUCACCAUCUAUCCAUUCAUGUUUGCUGCUCUGUGUUGCACUGAAGGUUGUCAACUGGAUGAGAUGAUGCUGAAAGAGUUUGAUCAUAAAACAACACACAAUGUUGCACUGAGUAUCAUUUUCCUCUUCUCCCAAGUUCUUCCUGUAAAUUCAUGUCUUUUUGCAGUGAUAUGCUCUCUCUGCCACUUUCUCACCCAUUUAUUCCACCUCAAUCUCUCUUUGUCUCUCUCUUUAUUCCUUUAAGUUGUGCUUUCUUUGCUGUAAAAAGCAUUUCCAAAUCUUAUUUGUAUUAUACGAUGUUAGUAUGACAAUGUUCUUUAUUAAGGAAAAAAGAAAAAGAAGAGUUUAUUUUUGUUACUGGUUUGUUUCGUAAUUCUUUUUUAAAUUGGUAUUGUAAUAUAUCUAUGCAAGAACUGUUGAGUGAAGCGAUUUUAUUUAAGAAUGUCAUCAUGUGUAAUAAAUGGUAGAAUCUUAUAAGA